AGGGCUGGGUUCAGCCUACAUGUGAAGGCAGGACAGCGUUGGCGGCCGCUCCCUUGAGUCCAGUUGGCGGGCACCUCCGGGCCGAUUCCCAGGAUCCCCCAAGUGGCUCUGAGCUGCCGCUCACCGGAUGUCCCAGAUUCUGGGACCCAAUUCCCGAAUUCAGAACCUCAGGACCUUGCCAAGUCCGAACUCGGAUUUCUCCCUGGACUUUAGAUUCUUGGAACGGGACGUCAGACCGGAUUCUGGAUCCCCAGAUCCCGUAGGAGAUUCUCCGAUCUCGACCGGAUUCCGGAUCCCAAGAUUCCCGAUCCGCCGGCCCAGGCUCCUGCGCCGCCCCGGGUUCCCAGUGCGCCGCGCCCCGCGCCUGAGCGCCCCCGCAUGGCGGGGCCGUGCCCCCGGUCCGGGGCAGAGCGCGCGGGCAGCUGCUGGCAGGACCCUCUGGCCGAGGCGCUGAGCCGGGGCCGGCUGCUCGCUACGCCCCCAGGCCGGGGCUGCGCGCGGAGCCGGCCGCUCAGCGUGGUCUACGUGCUAACCCGGGAGCCGCAGCCCGGGCUGGAGCCUCGGGAGGGAACCGAGGCGGAGCCGCUGCCCCUGCGCUGCUUGCGCGAGGCUUGCGCGCAGCUUCCCGGGCCGCGGCCGCCGCCGCAGCUGCUUAGCCUGCCCUUCGGGACGCUGGCGCUAGGCGACACCGCAGCGCUGGACGCCUUCUACAACGCGGAUGUGGUGGUGCUGGAGGUGAGCAGCUCGCUGGCACAGCCCUCCCUGUUCUACCACCUCGGUGUGCGUGAGAGCUUCAGCAUGACCAACAACGUGCUACUGUGCUCCCAGGCGGACCUCCCUGACCUGCAGGCCCUGCGGGAGGAUGUUUUCCAGAAGAACUCGGACUGCGUUGGCAGCUACACACUGAUCCCCUAUGUGGUGACGGCCACUGGUCGGGUGCUGUGUGGCGAUGCAGGCCUUCUGCGGGGCCUGGCUGAUGGGCUGGUACAGGCUGGAGUGGGCACCGAGGCCCUGCUCACUCCCCUGGUGAGCCGGCUUGCCCGCCUGCUGGAGGCCACACCCACAGACUCUUGUGGCUAUUUCCGGGAGACCAUUCGGCGGGACAUCCGGCAGGCACGGGAGCGGUUCAGUGGGCUGCAGCUUCGGCAGGAGCUGGCUCGCCUGCAGCAGAGACUGGACAGCGUGGAGCUGCUGAGCCCCGACAUCGUCAUGAACUUGCUGCUCUCCUACCGCGACGUGCAGGACUAUUCAGCCAUCAUUGAGCUGGUGGAGACACUGCAGGCCUUGCCCACCUGUGAUGUGGCCGCACAGCAUAACGUCUGCUUUCACUAUACUUUUGCCCUCAACCGGAGGAACAGGCCUGGGGACCGGGCAAAGGCACUGGCCGUGCUGCUGCCGCUGGUACAGCUUGAGGGCUCUGUUGCACCCGAUCUGUACUGCAUGUGUGGCCGUAUCUACAAGGACAUGUUCUUCAGCUCGGGCUUCCAGGACGCCGGGCACCGGGAGCAGGCCUAUCACUGGUAUCGCAAGGCCUUUGACGUUGAGCCCAGCCUCCACUCAGGCAUCAAUGCAGCUGUGCUCCUCAUUGCUGCUGGGCAGCACUUUGAGGAUUCAAAGGAGCUCCGGCUAAUAGGCAUGAAGCUGGGCUGCCUGCUGGCCCGCAAAGGCUGCGUGGAGAAGAUGCAAUAUUACUGGGAUGUGGGUUUCUACCUGGGAGCCCAGAUCCUCGCCAAUGACCCCAUCCAGGUGGUGCUGGCUGCAGAGCAGCUGUAUAAGCUCAAUGCCCCCAUAUGGUACCUGGUGUCUGUGAUGGAAACCUUCCUGCUGUACCAGCACUUCAGGCCCACGCCAGAGCCCCCUACAGGGCCACCACGCCGUGCCCACUUUUGGCUCCACUUCUUGCUACAGUCCUGCCAGCCAUUCAAGACAGCCUCUCCCCAGGGUGACCAGUGCUUGGUGCUGGUCCUGGAGAUGAACAAGGUGCUGCUGCCUGCGAAGCUCAAGGUUCAGGGUACUGACCCCGUGAGCACAGUGACCCUGAGCCUGCUGGAGCCGGAGACCCAGGACAUUCCCUCCAGCUGGACCUUCCCAGUCACCUCCAUAUGCGGAGUCAGCGCCUCCAAGCGGGAUGAGCGCUGCUGCUUCCUCUAUGCACUGCCCCCGGCCCAGGACGUCCAGCUGUGCUUCCCCAGUGUAGGGCACUGCCAAUGGUUCUGCAGCCUGAUCCAGGCAUUGGUGACGAACCCGGAUUCCACAGCGCCCGCGGAGGAAGCAGAGGGCGUGGGGGAGGUCUUGGAGUUUGAUUAUGAGUACACGGAGACGGGCGAGAGGCUGGUGCUGGGCAAGGGCACCUAUGGGGUGGUGUACGCGGGCCGCGAUCGCCACACGAGGGUGCGCAUCGCCAUCAAGGAGAUCCCAGAGCGGGACAGCAGGUUCUCUCAGCCUCUGCAUGAAGAGAUCGCUCUUCACAAACGCCUGCGCCACAAGAACAUAGUGCGCUAUCUGGGCUCAGCUAGCCAGGGCGGCUACCUUAAGAUCUUCAUGGAGGAAGUGCCUGGAGGCAGCCUGUCCUCCUUGCUGCGGUCAGUGUGGGGACCCCUGAAGGACAAUGAGAGCACCAUCAGUUUCUACACCCGCCAGAUCCUGCAGGGACUUGGCUACUUGCAUGACAACCACAUUGUACACAGGGACAUCAAGGGGGACAACGUGCUGAUCAACACCUUCAGUGGGCUGCUCAAGAUUUCUGACUUUGGCACCUCCAAGCGGCUGGCUGGCAUCACGCCUUGCACUGAGACCUUCACAGGAACUCUGCAGUAUAUGGCCCCAGAAAUCAUUGACCAGGGCCCACGUGGGUAUGGGAAAGCAGCUGACAUCUGGUCACUGGGCUGCACUGUCAUCGAGAUGGCCACAGGUCGCCCCCCCUUCCACGAGCUAGGGAGCCCACAGGCUGCCAUGUUUCAGGUGGGUAUGUACAAGGUGCAUCCACCAAUGCCCAGUUCUCUGUCGGCGGAGGCCCAAGCCUUCCUCCUCCGAACUUUCGAGCCAGACCCCCGCCUCCGAGCCAGCGCCCAGGCGCUGCUGGGGGACCCCUUCCUGCAGCCUGGAAAGAGGAGCCGCAGCCCCAGCUCCCCGCAACAUGCUCCACGGCCCUCAGAUGCCCCUUAUGCCAGUCCCACUCCUUCAGCCGACUCAACCACCCAGUCUCAGACACUCCCGUGCCCUCAGGCACCCUCUCAGCACCCGCCCAACCCCCCGAAGCGCUGCCUCAGUUAUGGGGGCACCAGCCAGCUCCGGGUGCCCGAGGAGCCUGCGGCCGAGGAGCCUGCCUCUCCGGAGGAGAGUUCGGGGCUGAGCCUGCUGCACCAGGAGAGCAAGCGUCGGGCCAUGCUGGCUGCGGUGCUGGAGCAGGAGCUGCCGGCGCUGGCGGAGAAUCUGCACCAGGAGCAGGAGGAGGGGUCCCGACUGGGCAGAAAUCAUGUGGAACAGCUGCUGCGCUGCCUCGGGGCACACAUUCAUACUCCCAACCGCCGGCAGCUGGCCCAGGAGCUGCGGGCGCUGCUAGGACGGCUGCGGGCCCAGGGCCUUGGACCCACACUUCUGCACGCCCCGCUCUUCGCCUUCCCGGAUGCGGUGAAGCAGAUCCUCCGCAGGCGCCAGAUCCGCCCACACUGGAUGUUCGUGCUGGACUCGCUGCUCAGCCGUGCUGUGCGGGCAGCCCUGGCUGUGCUAGGCCAGGAGGUGGAGAAGGAGGUGGUCUCACCGAGGUCAGAGGAGCUGAGUAAAGAAGGGGACUCCCAGCAGAGGCCGCUUCCAGUGGAGCCCGAGCAGGGCCCCCCUCCUCUGAUGGUACAGCUGAGCCUCCUGCGGGCGGAGACUGAUCGGCUGCGGGAAGUCCUGGCGGGGAAGGAACGGGAAUACCAGGCCCUGGUGCAGCGGGCUCUGCAGCGGGUGAAUGAGGAGGCAGGGACCUGUGCCCUGGCCUCAGAGCCCCCAGCUGCUCUUUCAAUGGACCAGGGCCUGGUGCAGUGGCUACAGGAACUGAACGUGGAUUCAGGCACCAUCCAAAUGCUGUUGAAUCAUAGCUUCACCCUCCACGCCCUGCUCACCUAUGCCACUCGAGAUGACCUCGUCUACACCCGAAUCAGGGGAGGGAUGGUAUGCCGCAUCUGGAGGGCCAUCUUGGCACAGCGAACAGGAUCCACGUCAGUCACCCCCGGACCCCGGGAGGCUGAAUGAGGGCAUCAGAGACCAGACAGACCCAAGGAUGGAUGAAUGGAGAGGACAAAGGCAGCUUCUGACCACCAGCCCCAGGACACCUGGGGCGACUGGAGGAAGCCAGGCGAGUAGGGGCCAGGACUGGUCCUAGUGAGAGGAGCCAACCACCAGCACUCAAGCACCACCAGACAAAGUGUAUUAAACAGAACACUUUUGCCCAUUU